AUGAAUUUGGGAACCACUUCAAUUGAACUAACAUCGAUAUUGUAUUCAUCAAAUCGAAAUAUCAACAAUGAAAGUUUAUCAUUGCAACAGCAACAAUUAACUUCAGUUAAUAGAAAACUUCAAUCAUCAUCUCGUCGACAAUAUGUCACGAAAAGCACAUCAAUAUCUGUUAGACAAGAACAACAACCGUCAACAACAAAUAACUUAUUUCUCAGAUCAUCCACACCAAAAUCAACCUCUAAAGUUAUUGCACAAAAUAUUAAUGAAUUAUCCCGUGGAAAAGCAGCUCGUUUAUCAUCCAGUUGGUCACCGACACAAACUCCUCGUUGUUCAACGCCAUUAUAUUCAAAACAACGUCGUACUCGUCCAUUUAUCGCCUGUGAAUUAUGUCGUCGAAAAGCAUUUAUGUCCGUGUUAGGUUCAUCAUCAUCAAAUAAUAUAACUACUAGUGCAGUUCAAAAGAAAAAUUCAACAUUUUAUUGCAGAAAAGCGCAACAUCAGAACUAUUCAAAAUUAGCAACAAAAAAAUCACAUCCGCGAACGUCGAUUGAUCAACUUCUUGUAUGGAUCUUGUGA